GGAAGUUCCCCAUGCGACUGGAGGCGCACCGGCUCCACACAGCAGAAACAUCGCACUAUGGCCUCUCUCUGAGCCUCCUGAUGCGACAGUUGUGUACAUACCGAACCGGCAAUCCGUCACCAUCGACGCCCUAAUCAUGGACCUCCGGUCCAGAGGCUUUUUUCGGGGCCAUCGGAGUUGUCAAUAGUACUCCCGAAGUACUGUAUUGUUUGAUUUUGAGCACUGUCACUUUUGCACGCCCGGGGAUUUAAACCGAGGUGACAGUAGUAGCACUCACCCAUCUGCCGGGUAGCUCAUAGCAACAACAGCCAAGAAGGGCAUCACUUUUCUUUUAGGGUGAAGGACAAGAAACUGCAACAGCACUACUUUCAGUACCUGGAGACUGAUCAGAGGCUGAUUCCCCGAGUUCACAUCCGACAACGUUAUUCACAAUUGAUUCCUGACAGGUUGGCAACACAACGCCACCCUAAUGCAGAACCAUAAAAGAACGUGAAAUGAACAAACCACCACAGCCUAUAACGGGACCUACUUCUGUCCCAAACCCUGCCCCCUCCCCCGGAUUGUCACAGGCGGCAUACGGCCCUGGACAACCCCCUUCUCUUGUUUUUGCCACCCCCCCACCUCCACAAAUGAGCUCUGCACCACAGGCAAGACAGUUUGCUGCAGGGCCCCGUACUUUACACCAACAGAGUUACUAUCAGACCCGACCAACCAUGGCCACCAGUGCUCCGAGGGUACAGACAAGUAGUGGCCCACGGCCUGUUGGUCCUGCUCACGUCUACCCGCCCAGCUCCCAGAUGAUGAUGAUUUCCCAGCAGCAGCUGUCUUUCGCUGGCUCCCCUCAGGGUUACUUCAUCCCACCUGGACAGGUGUUGGAAAAAGGGGGUCAUCUUAUUCGGGCCAAUACGUACCGGCCCCCGUACAUGCCUCCUACUCAGCAGUAUCCUGUGACCAGCGGUACAGCAGGCUUCUAUCCAGGAACUAGCCCUGCUGAAUACCCUUAUGAGCCCUCUCUUGCUGCGAGGGAGAGGCGGGGUGGUGGGGGGAGAGGGGGCGGGCGAGAGAACGGCCGUCUCUCUCUCCACGGUGCUCCUCUCACCUCCCAGCGCUACCCUGCGGGAACAUACUAUCCAGCUCAGCCGCAGUACUCUCCCUCUGUCCCACCGACACAAGUCAUGAUCAACCCGGCCCAGCAACAGCAACAAGCCCCGCCUCCUCAGCAACCACCGGCACAGUCACAAGGCCCACCAAAGAGGGAACGCAAACCGAUAAGAAUACGAGACCCCAACCAGGGCGGACGUGAUAUCACAGAGGAGAUCAUGUCAGGUGGAAGGUCCACGACCACACCGACUCCCCCACAGGCCUCCAUAGCCGAUGCAAGUCCUCCACAGACCAAUGGUGAAGUUACCCAGCCUGUCACUACAGUGACUAGAAGAGAUGAAAACAUGGAGCCUCCUGCUAGCGCUGAAACACCACCACCUCUUGCCACAGAAAAUGCAGAGCCUGUGGUGGAGGCCAAACAGGAAAUGGACAGUGAGACUACACCACCUGACGAGUUAGCCGCACAACCUGUAGCUCCUGCAGCAGCUACUGAGGUGCCAUCACCAUUGAUAAAGGACCAGCAGUCUUCCUCCCCCCCCCCUACAGCAUCUACUACAGCAUCAGCAUCUACUACACCUCCUGCCGAGGCAGUAAAUAAAGUUGAUACUAAAGUUAGUGACACAGUAGACGCUCCCGUCGUCCCUACAGCAUCAUUAGCGGCACCUGAGGCUCCUGUCAAACUGGAGGAACCGCCGGCUGCCCCAGCUCCAGCUGAGAAGGCGCCAGAAAAGGAAGAAAAGACAACAGAGGAAGUAAAGAAAUUGGAAAAGGAAGAGCAGGUGACCAGCGCUAAGUUGGAGAUCGCAGUUGAGGUUGCUGCAACAGUUAACCCUGUUGAAGUGGCCAAAGAAGAAACUGCUACAAAGACGACACCUGAAGUCUCUCAGCCUCCGCCCUCUGCACAGGAACCUGCUGCUCCACAGACCCAGAAUGCUGCCCCGAUCUCAGCCCCUGAACCUGAACCCGAACCUGAACCUGAACCCGAACCCGAACCCACGCAAGCUGAAACGGCAGAGCCUCUUCUCUCCAACGGCCUUCCUCAGGACACUGAGGAACUCUCUGAGGACAUGGCAUUUUCAGACACUACACCCAUUGACAAGCCUGACGCUUCUCAAUCUCAGGAAUCCACGCCUGUGGCUAAAACGGCAAUGCCAGCCCAGGAAGAGGAGGAGGAGAAGAAGAAAGAGGAAGAAGAGGAGAAGGAGAAAAGUGAGGAUGUCCCUGCUACCACUGUUAGCUGCCCUACCGAGGAACCUACUACUAUGCAAGCUGCUACGUCUGUGCCAAAGAAGAGGAAGAACAUGAAGGAGUUCAACAAAAAGGAGAACAUUGGAAACCUCCUGGAUGCCUUCACAGAGGAGCAGGGUGCCAAGCCUGCUUCUGAACCCUCGUCCACUCAGGCUGACCCCGUCCCUGUUGCUCCAGCUAAACCUCCCGCUGAGGUUGUAGAUGAGACUUGGGAGGAGAAAGAAGACAAGCAGAAUGCAGAACCUGACAGUUCUAAAGCCACACCUGAGCCAACUGGGCAGAAAUACCAGUACAAAGGAGAAAAUUGGAAGCCGAUAGACCCAGAAGACAAGAAGCGGUACGACAGGGAGUUCCUCCUGGGCUGCCAGUUUAUCGGCGCCAGUAUGCACAAACCUGAGGGCCUGCCUACCAUCAGUGAUGUGGUCCUGGAGAAGGUGAACAAGACUCCACUGCGGCCUGCUGACCCAGCUCGACUGAUGAAUGUCGGUCCCGAUUUUACUCCUUCGUAUUUGGGGAACCUUGGGAGCAGAUCAGUUGGAGGACCACGAGGCCCGCCGCCUGGGCCACGUCGCUCCCAGCAGGGUCAGAGGAAAGAGCCCAGGAAAAUCAACCUCAGCAGCCUGUCCCUCAGCGAUGACGUGCAGCUGAACAAGGCUGAGAAGGCCUGGAAGCCCGCUGCGAAGAAGUCCACUCGCAGCCGUGCUGGGGAGGAGGCCGAAGAGGAAGAUACCGAACAGGCCAAAACUCAAGAGCUGUUCAAGCGUCUGCGCAGUAUCCUCAACAAGCUGACCCCUCAGAAGUUUCAGGAGCUGAUGAAACAGGUGACGGACCUGACGAUAGACACAGAGGAGAGGCUGAAGGGAGCCAUUGACCUCAUCUUUGAGAAGGCCAUCUCAGAGCCCAACUUCUCUGUGGCCUACGCCAACAUGUGCCGCUGCCUUAUGGGGUUAAAAGUCCCCACCUCAGACAAGCCAGGAGUUUUUGUGAACUUCCGCAAAGUGCUGCUCAACCGCUGCCAGAAAGAGUUUGAGAAGGACCAGGAUGACGAUGAAAUCUUUGAGAAAAAGCAAAAAGAGUUGGAUUCUGCCAAAGAGGGAGAGGAACGUGAUCGCUUGAGGGCGGACCUGACGGAGGCCAGAGACCAGGCCCGCCGUCGCUCACUGGGUAACAUAAAGUUCAUUGGCGAGCUCUUCAAGCUGAAGAUGCUGACAGAGGCCAUCAUGCACGACUGUGUAGUGAAACUACUGAAGAAUCAUGAUGAAGAGUCUCUGGAGUGUCUCUGCAGGCUGCUCUCCACAAUUGGCAAAGACCUGGACUUUGAGAAGGCCAAGCCUCGUAUGGAUCAAUAUUUCAACCAGAUGGACAAGAUCAUCAAAGAGAGGAAGACCUCAUCCAGAAUCCGCUUCAUGCUGCAAGACGUCAUCGAUCUCAGAAGAUGUAACUGGGUGCCUCGUAGAGGAGAACAGGGUCCUAAAACAAUCGACCAGAUCCACAAGGAGGCCGAGAUGGAGGAGCACAGGGAACAGAUCAAAGUCCAGCAGCAGCUCCUGUCCAAGAAAGACGGAGGUGGAGGAGGAGGAGGCGGCGGCGGAGGCAGGAUGGGAGGAAACAUGGGAGGCCGAGGCCCUCACACACCAGGAGGUGGCAGGACUAACCCACCUCAGGAUGAGGGCUGGAACACAGUGCCCAUCUCCAAGAAUAGACCCAUCGACACCACCCGUCUUAGCAAGAUCACAAAGCCUGGGGCUCUGGACUUCAACAACCAACUGUUGGCUCCAGGGGGAAAAGGCAUGUGGGGUAGCUGGGGCAAAGGCAGCAGUGGAGGAACUGGAGCAAAACCAGCAAGUGGAGAGCAGGAUUCUGGUCGUCCAGCUACCAGCACCCUCAACCGCUUCUCAGCCCUGCAGCAGUCUGGCGCGUUGUUGUCUUCAACAGACUCUGAUCGCAGAGUUCCCCAGAGGUCAAGCUCCAGCCGCGAGCGUGGCGGCGACAGAGACAGGGGUGACCGCAGCAGGGAUCGGUUUGAACGAUUCGAUCGCAGUGAGGGACGGGAAGGUCGUGCCGAUGGCGGCAGCCAGAACCAAAUCACCAAGAGAAGCUUCAGCAGAGAGUCGCAGGACCGCGGUGGUAGGGGCGGAGACAGCCGGACUGCGACUGAGCCUGUGCGCCGCGUCGCCAGCAUGACCGACGAUAGGGACAGAGGAAGUCGGGAUAGAGGAAGCAGGGACAGAGGAAGUCGGGACAGAGGAAGCAGAGACCGAGGAAGCCGUGACAGGGGUCCAAGCAAAGAUCUCACAGGUGAAAAAGUAGUUAAACGUGAGAGUGCCCCCACUCCUCCUCCUUCUCUUCCAAAACCUGUCUUGACUGAAGAGGAGGUGGAGAAGAAGUCAAACGCCAUCAUCGAAGAAUACCUCCACAUCAAUGACUUGAAGGAGGCAUUGCAGUGUGUGACAGAACUCAACAGUGCCUCACUGCUCUACGUGUUUGUGCGGAACGCCGUGGAGUCAACGCUUGAGCGCAGCACCAUCGCUAGAGAGCGUGCAGGCCUGUUGCUGCACCAACUGGUAAAGGCAGGGACACUGCCCACACAGCAGUACUACAAAGGGCUAGAAGAGACCCUGGAGGCUGCGGAAGACACGGCCAUAGAUAUACCUCACAUCUGGCUCUACCUGGCUGAACUCAUAACCCCCAUGCUCCAUGAGGGAGGCAUCCCUAUGGGACAACUCUUCAGGGAGAUCUCGAAGCCUCUUGUGCCUCUGGGGCAGGCUGGAGUGCUGCUGGUACAGAUCCUCAAGUUUCUCUGCAAAGGAAUGACCCCCAAGAAGGUCGGGGGCAUGUGGACAGAGGCUGGGCUGAAUUGGAGCGAGUUCUUGCCCGAGGAUGAAGACGUCAACAAGUUUGUCACUGAUCAGAAAAUGGAGUUCACAACAGGAGAGGAAACCGAGUCAAAGGAAGUCGAUGAGAAGAAGGUCCUCACUGGAGAAGAGCUCAGUAAACAGCUGGACAGACUCCUGCAGGACAAGGCCAACAACCAGCGUAUCAGAGACUGGGUUGAGGCUAACUUGGAUGAGCAGCAAACUGCUUCCAACCAGUUUGUUCGAGCAUUGAUGACAUCAGUGUGUCAGGCUGCCAUCAUAUGUGAUAACCCGUACAGGGUGGAUGCGCGUCAGAUCGGCCUGAGGGCCAGUCUGCUGCAGAGAUACCUGUGUGAUGAGCAGAAAGAGCUGCAGGCCCUUUACGCCCUCCAGGCUCUGAUGGUGCACAUGGAGCAGCCAGCAAACCUGCUGCGGAUGUUCUUCGACGCCUUGUACGAUGAGGACGUCAUUAAGGAGGAAGCUUUCUACAAAUGGGAAUCCAGCAAAGACCCCGCGGAGCAAACAGGCAAAGGUGUGGCGUUGAAAUCAGUCACCGCUUUUUUCACCUGGCUCCGUGAGGCCGAGGAGGAGUCUGACAAGGAAUAAAAGACUGGACUGAAAGCUGCCGUCCCCCUUUGGCAAGGCGGGGGCUCUGCAGGCGGCUGCGGCGAGUCAUGGACAAUAUUGCCAGAGAGGCAGACUCAAAUCAAUCCUCAAUGAGGAUAAAUCUUAUGUUUUUCUCUGAGGGAUGGACUCAGAAAACAAUCAUUUUCUCUCUACCCACCCUCUCUCUCGCUUCCUCAUUAUUUCCCCCUCCUGCUUGUGACAGCAAGUGUCCUCAUAAAAUAAACUUGAAAACUGAUUCAGCAGGAUUGCUUGUUAACGAGGUGUGAAGUAUCCCACAUCACUACGAAACUUUUGUCACAAUAAUACAAAACCAACGGGCUGCUUUUUUUAUGGUUCUAGAUUAUGAUAAUGCCUAAUAUCCGAUCUGAUCUGCAAGAAUAAACAGCAGGGCGUGUGGUGUAGUGGGAUCCCUGAUGGUGUGUGUUCAAUCCAAACUCAGCUCUUAUGUCUUUGUCCUUUACUGGAGUGUGCAGCAUGACUGAAGUGUGUUUCUAUUAAUGAUACAGUGGACGAUAACGUUCACAGACAAACGUACAUGAACUAAUAUUAAUUUGAUGGAUGGAGUUUUUAAAGCUAAGGUGGUCUAUUUUCUCUUCCUGUUUCCCAUCAUGAACGUACAAAGGACAGAAACAUGGAGGACAGAUGUUGACCUUUGACCUUGACUACUAGGGGGUGGUCUUAAUGCUUCCUCUAAGCCAUCCUCUCCCAUCCCCAGUAGUGAACCACACUGACUCUUCAUCUUUACCUCUUCUUCUAUACUUAAACCUGAGCUGUCGUAGAGGACACUUAAUGACCCAAUCACAGUUAAAACUUGAAAUCUACAGAAAAUUGACUUGAUGAAAUAUAUAAAGUAAAAAAAAAAAAGAAAAAAACAACACAGAAAUGAUCCGAAAGCCUUUUCUACUUCAAGUGGAAACUUAUUUCAGGAGCGUUCUGUAAAUAUAUAAUAAUAAUUACAAACACUUUUUUUUUUCAGUUUUAUUUUUCAGAAACAAUAAAUUGCUGAUGUAAUUGCAGUGUGUCCUUUUCCAACAGAAACCACAGUUGUCCAGAUGCAGAGAGGUGCUUUAGAUAAUCCAUUGAUUAUUAGUUGUAUUGGAAUUUUGUAAAUAUUUUUUUUUUGCUUUCUUUAUUUAAGAAAUUAUUGCUUCUUUUGCAUCUGAAACUGGAAAGAUGAGGUAACGGAACAUUGCAAAUAAAGGACUUAUUAAGUUGCUGA